AUGGAUGAUGAGGACCUCAGCAUAGACGAAAUCUGUCCUUGUAAGACCCUUUUCUUGUAUUGGCCCACCGGAAACUUUUUGGCCACCUUUCGUUCAAAAGAACAGAAAGAUCAGUGGUAUCAUUUUCUCAAAAGAUCUAUUAAUGAAGCCAAGAAGGGUAUGAAGAAAAAUUUCUCACUGCAGAUAUUCACUGAGGACAUCCAAAGCUGUGACAGUCCUUUAUGUGUAACAGCAACAAACAUGGAUACGGUGAAUGAUAUAAUUAAGAAGUUACUACCAAUGAUAAGAAUGCCUAACAUUGAAGAUUACCAACUGUGGUUCUGUCCUGGCCAUGAGGAAGCUCCAAGAGCACUCCAAGGUUAUGAGUAUCCACAUGACAUCAUAAUGACCAGUUUUCAAAAUACCUUCAGUAGAUCGAACUCUAAAGUUUUCACAGCUUUUCCCACCUUGCCUGGGCUGUUUGUGAAUGACCAAAACUUGGAUUCACUGGGCCUGUUCAUCUUAAAGCCCAGACACUCAGCUAGAAACCAGCAGCAAAAGAAUGAGAAGAGAAGACAUGAUAAGAAACAAAGACCUCGUAUAACAUCGUGUUUCUAUAGGGACUCUGUGCCCCAACAGGACCAAGUGUACACUGUUAAUAAGAGAGGAAACCUCUUUGGAAAAGAGCUGAGUUCUAUCUGUCAUGAUGGCAAUGUUCCCACAUCAAUUCUGGACAUCCUGUCCCUCAUAAACAAGAAAGGACCCAUAACUGAGGGCAUAUUUAUCAUAUCUCCAGAUGGUACAUUGUGCAAAACACUAAUGGAAAAGUUGGAUUCUGGGGAAGAGGUGGAUAUAAAACAUCAAUCGGUGCAUGUAGUUGCGUGGCUCUUAAAGGAGUUUCUUCGAAAUAUAAAAGGAAGUCUGCUGACUUCUAAUUUGUACGACCAGUGGCUUGCUGUAACUCAAAAUGUCAAUGACCUAGAAAAAUUAGCAUCAGUGCAGAGUCUUUUAGACAAACUGCCACAACCUAAUGCUACUCUUCUGGAAGAAGUUUUUAAAAUAUUGCAUAAAAUUUCAAGAAAGUCUUCUGUUAACCACAUGUCAUCUUACAAUCUAUCUCUUGGGAUAGCACCAUAUAUCUUAUGCCUUCCCUGCUACCGCAAUAAUGUCCUGGCAAAUGAUAUUGCUGAAAAGAUUUCUCUCAUAAAGUUUCUGAUCGAAAAUGCACCAAAAAUUUUCAGCGUAGACUUGGUUUUAGGGUAUGAAACUCCACUUUUUAAUCCACAUCGAAAGCCCUCGGGUUCCGAGAAUACUCCAUGUAUCUUCGGGAGCAUAAAAGAAAUAGAACAUGGAGUCAGCAGCUGCCCCAGUGGGAGGACAUGCACCCCUAGCCAUUAUGUACUGCCAAGAAUUCCACCUGCUCCUCUUCUCACCGAGGGCAUAAUAGAUUCAGAGAAACGAGAAGGCAAUGGGUAUAAAACUCAAAAAACACCCUCUCAGAACACACAAGCAUCAUCACAAGAACUAUUUCAUAAAUUUUCACCCAUUGUUUGCUUGGACAGAAUGCUGCCUACUCCACUACUUGAUAUGUUAUCCAUAAUUGCAGAAAAGGGACUAGCAUCUGACGAAAUAUUUAAAUACUUAAAUAAAAAAUCAUACUGGUUAUUGAGGCAUAAGAUUUACAAAGGACAACAAAUCAACUGGAAUAAAAAAUCAGUGCUCACUGUAGCUUCAUUUUUAAAGGAAUUUAUUAAAAAUAUACCAGGAAGCUUGCUUUCUUCUGAUUUCUAUGAAAAUUGGCUUAGUGUCAAAGAUGAAGACACUCUGGUUGCAAAUAUUUAUGUUAUACAAAGUAUUCUACGGAAGAUACCACAACCUAACUACAUCUUUCUCAAAAAUCUUAUCUGUGUGUUGGUAAAAAUUAAAACCUCUUCCAAGAAUCACCUAGACACCUACAUGCUAUCUGUCCGAAUAGCCCCUUAUGUGCUGUGGUAUCCAACUUGUAGGGACUCAUUAUUUGGGAGUGACCUCUCCAAAAAGAUGACUAUUAUCCAAAUCAUGAUUGACAACUACCUAGAAACAUUUGUAGAUGAUGACAGUGCAAUUUGUAAGGAUAAUCAAAAGAGAUCUGAUGAUAUAAAGCUGUCACAAAAUACUGUUGCUUCAGUUUUAAAGGUAAGGAAGGUUUUUGCAUCACCAAUAUUAGGCAUCCUUCUAGAGAUGCAAAUGUGCUUUCUGACCUUGAGAUUACCUGAUGAUGACACUUUCCUUGAACGAUGGACACAUAACUUCUGGAUAAGAGAUUUUAUUAAAAAUAUACCAGGAAGCUUGCUUUCUUCUGAUUUAUAUGAAAAUUGGCUUAGUGUCACAGAUGAGGACACUCUCUUUGGAAAAAUUUCUGCUAUACAAAGUAUUCUAUUGAAGAUACCACAGCCUAACUAUGUCUUGCUCAAACAUCUUAUCCGUGUGUUAGUAAUAAUUAAAACCUCUUCCAAGAAUCACCUAGACACCUACAUCUUAUCUGUUCGCAUAGCUCCUCAUGUGUUGUGGGAUCCGACUUGCAGGAACUCAUUAUUUGGGAAUGACCUCCCCAAAAAGAUGACUAUUAUCCAAACCAUGCUUGACAACUAUGUAGAAAUAUUUGGAGAUGAUGACAGUACAAUUUGUAAUGAUAAUCAAAAGAGAUCUGAUGAUGUAAAUAUGUCACUAAAUGCUUAUGGUAAGUCACCUGUUAUAAAAGAAAUAGGUGGCCACAGUGGGAAAACCUCAAAUGCUAAUACUGAAGAAUUAAAGAUUUUAUCUGCUACUUCUCAGGAGGAAAGUCCUACAUGUAAGAGAAGGUUUUUUUAG